AUAUUUUCGGCCGGGACAGGACAGCAGCAGCUCGGGCAGCAGAGAAAGUGAGAAAUAACUCCGUAAACUGGGAUAUUUGUGAUUGCGAGGGCCGAUGAGCGAACAAAAUCAUAUAUGAAGGGCAGCAGGAUGAAUGUGGAGACUCUCAGUAAAGCUGAACUUCUGAUGCUGCUCAGCAUUCUGGAAGGAGAACUGGAAGCGCAGGAUGUGGUCAUACACACACUCAGGGUACACUCUCCAAGAACCUUAUGGCCCGUUUUCACAGAGUGGUACAGAACGGUACAGGCACAACAGAGAAACACAUUUGUACAGGAGCGAUAUGGACAGUAUGACCUCAGCGACCCGUUUGUAGCACUGCUGAGGGACAGCGAGCUGUCGCAGGCUCAGGAUGAUGGAAGGCAGAGUCCUGUGUGUCUGAAUCCGCUGGGUGUGUUGAAGCUGGUAAUGGCCCACUGCACCAACAUGAAGGAGAAACUGUUAAAACAGCUCGCUGCUGCAGAGAGGAGACACAGACGGGUAAUAGCUGACUUAGAAGAAGAGAAACGAAGACGUGCUCAAGACGCCGCUGCUGGUGAUGACAUAACUGACAUGCUAGAAAGGGAACGAGACAGACUAUUGCAGCAGUUGGAGUCUGAGAGGGCUCAGCUUGAGCGACUGGAACGUGAGCGGUCAGUCCUGUCGAGUCAAGCUGUGGAAGAUUUAGCAGAGCAACAGCAGUUAUCCUCAACCCUAGCUAAAGAAUGUCAGAAGGCUACAGCCCGCGCUGAGGAGGAGAGCCAGCGUGUGGCAGAGCUCAGCCGCCAGCUGGAACAAGAAAGCAGAGCUAUGGAAAGCCUAAAGGGGGAGCUAGAGAGCGAACGCACUCGGGCUCAGCAGAUAGAGGCGAGAACUGAGCGAAAGCUGGCUGAAUUUGAUACAGAGCGUGAGCAAAUGAGAGGGAAACUACUGAAGGAGGAAAAACGAUACCAGGAGCUUUUGGAGCAGUUCAAUAGUCUAAAGAAAGAGUUGGAUGAAAUGAAAGAAAGAGAAAAGGCUGGGUUGGACAAUGAAGAGAAGCUAAAAAUCCCACAUAAAGCAACUUCAGGUAUCACACCUCCUGUUAGUCAAGUAGAAGCUGAUGGCAAAAUCGCUACACCUAAAGCAUCUCCACAACAUAAACAAAAUGGUCACCACACUCCCCGAGAACCAGAAUUUCCUGCAGAAGAAAGGUGUAAGGAAGAGGGAUUGGCAGACAAUGGGGUAGUACUCCCUGGUGGAAGCGGAGGCUUUCAGUGUCUCUCCCCCAGCAGUCCUGCCUCUUCCUCCCUUAGCUCAUCUCCUUGCUCUUCUCCUGUACUGACCAAGCGUUUGGCCUCUCUAGGUUGCUCUAGUCCGACCUAUCCUUCUUCUUACCAGGCUAGCAUUAACCAGCGAUUCCAAGCAGCACGCCACAAGUUUCAACAGCAAGCUGAGGCAGAGCAGCAACACGGAGGAACUGUUGUCCACUCGCCUCGAGACCUCUCACCAACUGCCUGCACUCCACCCCCUCCAGACAAUUCUACUGCAAAGCAGAUUGCCCGCAACACUGUCACUCAGGUGCUUUCACGGUUCACAAACCCAGUCUCAAGUAAACUCCCUCAGUCCAACAGUUCACCCUUUGGCACUGAUUACCGCAACCUGGCUGCUGCCUCUUCACCAACAGGGAAGAGUCCAGGGAUUCUUUCACCAGGGAUCCGCUCGCCAAUCAUUCCUAGAGCAGAAAAAUUUCAUUCCCCACCGGUUCCUGCCAAAAAACAAGGGGUCAACCAGUCUCCUAACUCACCGGUUCCUUCUAGCAGGGCCAGCCACUUCCCUGAGCUCACUGGGAGCUGUGGUCUGACCAGUAGUCAGGAAGAUGCUAAAGAGCUUGACUUGGUAGUAUCUUCAUCUAGUUAACCACCCUAGAGUCCACGGCCAAUUCUUAGCGUUCUUCACUCCAUUCCCUCUAAUGGCAUGUAAAGCACUCUGGGUUUAGUAUGUGGGUCAAACUCAAGGUUAUCUUAUUCUUUUAUUAUUUUACUGUGAUGUUCUAGUGUCAUAGUUGCUGGUUAUUGUCUUUAAAGGGAUAGCUGCCCCAAAACUGAAAAUGUGUUUUACUAUCCUUACCCAAAAAACAAGGGGUCAAUCAGUCUCCUAACUCACUGGGAGCUGUGGUCUCACCAGUGGUCAGGAAGAUGCUAAA